AUGAAGGCGUGCCCGAGCGGCUACCAGACGCGCAUGUGCGGCGAAUUUGGCGUGUGGAGCGACAUCGACUACAGCAACUGCCGCUGCAAGGCGAUGGACGGCUUCGAGGACACGCCGGUGAACACGUAUGCGAACACGACGUGCUUCGAUAUGGACGGCGUGCCGGACGAGGUGUACACGCAGACGCGCUUCUGCGGACCGAACGGCGAGUGGGGCGAGGUGGAUCAGAGCCAGUGCCCGGUGAAGUGGUGCCCGUCGGAGCCGAGCUGGUACAAGGUGCCCGUGGGCAAUCGGCCCACGAAGGUGGUGAUGGGCUGCAUGAGCGGCGAGCGCUAUCGUGUGUGCAACGUGAACGGCGAGUGGGGUCCGGUGGACACGUCGAACUGCAACUGCGUGUACUCGCUGGAGGACGAAAUCGAGCGCCUGCUCACUCCCGGAGACAGCUACGCGCUGCCUUGCUCGCUGGGAGAGCGAACGUACAAGUGUAACGAGGACUCGGGCUACUUCGACCCGGUGGAUCUGUCGAACUGCAAGUGCGGAACGGACGGGCGAUUCGCCACCACCGCCGCCGGAAACCUGGCUUCGGUGGCCUGCUCGGAAGGAACGGCCACGCGUAUCUGCAGUCUGAACGGCCAGUGGGAAGAGGUGGACAACACGCGCUGCUUCUGCAAGGGCUCGGACGUGUGGAGACAGGCCAACGUGAACACGACCGUCUCGAUCCUCUGCGAUAUCGGCUAUCGCAGCCGCGUCUGCUCGGAGUGGGGAGAGUGGGAAGAGCCCGAGCAGGACACCUGCAAGUGCAGCUGGAACGGACUGGAAGCGGCGUUCGGUUCCUCGGCCACGGUGCCCUGCGAGGAAGGCGUGAUUGAAUACCGCUGCGGUCUGGACGGUCACUUCAGCGAGCCGAUCAAGGACACCUGCUUCUGCGCGUCCCGCGAGGAGUACGAGAUCAUCUGGAACCGCCUGCCUGCUGGAGGCGAGUCGACGCCGAUGAACUGCAUGAACGGAGUGACCAUCACGCGAACCUGCAACGCCACGACCGGCCACUGGGACGAUCUGGACGCCUCGGUCUGCCGCUGCACCGAGGAAGGCGACUGGGCCGAGACGGGCGUGGGCGAGUACGCGCUCGCUGCCUGCAGUGGCCACGCGACGGGCAUGGCGCGCCGCCAGUGCCAUGGAAACCACUGGGGCCUGGUGGACGACUCCACGUGUCUGAGCGAGUGCCAGUACGACGCGGGAACGGGCGAGAUCGUGUACAUCCCUGUGGGCGAGACGCACGAGUUCGACUGCUACGUGAACCUGGCGGGAUCGGAAACCUACCGCUGCCAGUACGACGAGGCGACCAAGGAAUCAGUGCUGGUGUUGGUGAACAGCACCUGCGUGCGUCUGAACUGCCCCACCGAUCUUCCGCCCUUCUACGUGGAUGCUGGAGAGACCGAGUCGCGUCCCUGCCCUGAAGGCUUCCGCGGCAACCGCACGCGUGUGUGCCAGACCGAGGGCGAGUGGUCCGACUACGAUAUGAGCGGCUGCGAGGCGCUGAUCUGCCCCGCGAUCACCGUGGACGGCUUCAUGUUCAACAUGACGCUGGCGGGAAUGUACGCGAAGGCGGAGUGUCCGGAGGGCUACAGCGGCAACCGCAAGCUGUACUGCGAUCUGAACGGCAACUGGAAUACGACGAUCAUCAUGGACUGCACCAAGAACAUCUGCCCCGCCGAGGACGGCUGGCCCGAGACCGAGGCGCUGUCGAACUCCACCAUCAACUGCCCUUCAGACUACACGGGAACCUGGACGCGCCAGUGCCUGGCCAACGGCGAGUGGGAGCCCUACGUCAUUCCGGACAGCUGCGUCCCCAUUCCGCCUGCGAUCAAGACGAUGCCCUACGAAGGCAUGAAACACGUGUCUCGCACGCCUUCGGCGGCUCUGUUCUCCUCGCUGGCGAUCCGCAACGCCAACGCGUCCUGCACGGUGUCGAUCCAGUCGACCACCAAGCCCGAAGAGGUCUACAUGCUGGAGGUGAACCGCACCAAGACCGCCAUGGUGGGUCGCUACCGCAACGGCGGUGUGUUCGCGGACUUCGUGCUCUCGGAGAACGACCUGUACGAUCCGGAGAAGUAUCUGGGCUACGGCGAAUACAAGGUGAUCUUCUAUUCCUGCUGGGAGGCUCUCAACGGCGCGCCGAUCCCCGAGUCGGACCUGGAAGUGACCUUCCACACGGCGCCCGUCCCGCCCAGCGCGCCCGUCAACAUCACGCUCCGCACCGAGGCCAGCAGCUUCUACGUCACGUUCGAGGCUCCGCUCUACGUGGACGAGGCGUACCCGGUCACUGGCUACUACCUCGCUUUCCAGCCCCCAAUCCGUCCCGAGAUCUACGUGGACGCUUCGCACCACUCCUUCGGCCCGUUCCCCUACUUCGCGGGCCAGGUGACGCUUCUGCUUCGUGCGGAGAACGCUUACGGACUGAGCUCGCCCGACGUGGAGGUGCCGUACAGCUUCGACGACAUCCUCGUGGACACGACAGGCACGCUGCAGAUCCCUCUCCCGGCGCCCAUCAUCUCGCUGCGUCGCCAGGUUAAGAGCCAGACCAACACCGUCAAUGUGACCGUCGCGGUCGCGGCGCCUGUGGAGCUGCACGACUACGUCCGCUACCUGGAGGUCACCUGCGCUUCGCAGCGCGCUCCGGACUUCACCUCGGCGGAGCCCGUGGAGUUCUCGACGUCCGUGAUGGCCGGCGAGGACUACAGCAUUCUGUGCUACUUCACGCUGGGCGGACAGGUCGGCGAGAACGGCGUGUUCUCCAGCAACAGCGAGAUGCCCGACGCGCCGUACGCGGCGGUGGCCGUGCAGGCGGAAGAGGUCGAGGCGCAGGUGCUCCGCUUGGAGUGGCAGCAGCCCGUGAGCUACACGACGUCCCCGAUCGAGGGCUAUCGCGUUGAGUGCCGUCUUGCGAACGACGUGGACCCGAGCGUCUAUCCCAUCGCGUUCAACGUGACCGCGGAAGAAGCCCUCUUCUCCGUGGCCAACUUCAACGCGGGACCGGUGCUGUGCCGCGUGGCUGCCAUCGCGCAGGAGAGCAUGCAGCUGGGCGAGUGGGGCGAGGUGACCAUCCAGGAGCUGCACACCUUCCCCACGGCGAUGAGCAUGUCGGUGGAGGUGCAGGGCGUGGCGCUGCUGGUGCGGCUGUCGAGCUCCUACUGCGUGGGCGCGACGGCCACGGUGAGCCACGGCUCCACGACGGUGUCGCAGACCAUGCAGUGCACGGGCGACGCCAUCACGACCACGUUCUAUGGACUGGAGGCCAACACCUUCUACGAUGUGACCGUGAUGGUGCCUGCGAAGGCUCUGAAGUUCGCCGCGUCGGUGAGCACCACGACCGCGAUCGCUGCCUCGAUGGACAUCUCCGUGGAGAGCUCGCUGCUGUCCUCCUCCGUGGCGGUCCUGAAGGUGGUGACCGACAUCCCGGAAUCUGUCUACUGCCUCGCCCACACCACGUCGCUGAGUCCCGAGUCCAUCCAGGCGCAGGCUCAAGCCGGACUUUUCGAUGGUCGCUACGAGCCUGCAGGAGAGCCCGUGCUGGAGCACCUGAUCAUUCUGGCCGAUCUGCAGCCGAGCACGGCCUACCACGUCUCUUGCGUGGCUCGCUCCUCGCACACGGUGAAGCAGGCGAUCAAUCUGUUCACCACGCCUGCGACCGUGUCGCCUCUGCACGUCGUGGAGGUGGAGUCGGUCUACCCGCUCUCUCACAAGCCUACCUUCCGUCUCACCUUCGAUGACCACAUCAUGCUCGGCGAGGCCGCUGCGGCGUCCGCGAUGUGCGGCGGACUGACGCUCGACGCGCCGCUCUCCAUCGACGAGACCGCUCCCAAGCAGAACAUCGCGGUCGUGUCGUUCGCCGAUCUCCCCGCCUCUCCUUCCUGCGUCCUCUUCUUCUCGUCGCUCGCCGCUGUGCGUCGUGCCUCCUUCUAUCGCCAAGAGACGGGUCUGCUCAGCGAGACGCCGUUCCCCAACAACGCCGCUUCCUUCGCCUUCUCCGUGAGCACAGACUCCAUCCGUCCGGCGCUGCACACCCUGGCCAUCGUCAAGAUGUCGGAGAGCGCGAUGCUGUUCGCCACGACCAGCGAGGCGCUUCUGGACCACUCCUUCGAGUACGAGGUGUCCUGUCUGAAGGACGGCCAGCCCUCCGUGCACCGCACCUUCCACACCGCCGCCCAUCCGCUGGAGGUCCGCAGCGGCCGCGACGCGAAGGAGGGCUACAUGGACGUGCUGCUCUACGCGGGCUUGCUGCCUCACAUGCACACCUGCCAGCUGUUCUUCCCCGCCGACGCGGUCACGGAUCGCUUCGGCAACGCCGUGCAGUGCCAGCUCUCCGAGGAUCGCUGCGUCUACGAGUUCGUCGUGCAGGCCGCGCAGAGUGAACCGGUGCCGCUCGUUCUCCAGAGUCUCUUCCCUGCGGACGGCGCGCAGUUCGUCCCGAUCAACGCGGCGGUGAAGCUGGAGUUCAACCAGGACGCGAAGGCGAACAAGGCGGUUCGGUUCCGCUGCCCGGACUGCGCGCUGACCAUCGUGUCGCUCCCGGCGCUCUGCGAGCAGCAGACCUGCGUGAUCGAGAACCCGAAUCGAUGGGAGGCCGGCCGGACGUACUACAUGGAGUUGGACGCGACGACGUUCGAGGCGAAGUGGGAGAACUCCUUCUACCAGCCCACGGCGCGCUACCCGAGUUUCACCACGGCGGAAGCGCUGUGUAACAUGGAGUUCGUGACGGAGGGAUGGAACUCGAACUGCAACUGUAUCAACACGGGAUCGCACUGCCAGUGCAACUGUGGAAGCACCGCAAUCUUGAAGGCGUUCUAAGGAGGAGUGGAUGUGUGUAUUAGUUUU